AUGAGUUCAAUGAAGGAUUCUAUCAAACAGCAGGAAAUUGAAAUUGAAUUUGUAACUUAUGAACUUAAACCAUAUGUUUCCGGUAUACGAGUUGUCAAUAUGCCCAGCCAAAAUGGCUUAAUUAGCUAUUCUGAAUCAGGUGCAACAAUUAUUUAUCCUGAUUCGCGUGUACGCAUUGUCAUGUUUGGUUAUCAUCUUGAUAAAAUUGGUGUUAUAUCACUUACAACAGACAACUGUUUUAAUUCUGUAAUAAAUAUAUCACGUCCAGAAUUCCUUAUUCAAACCGCUAAACGACUCGAUUUUAUAGCUCACUUUACAGAAUCCGAUGAACCAUAUCAUAUUUGCUAUAGAGAACGAAAAAGUGGUAAAGAAUCCAGCGAAGAGGAAGAAGAUAUGAUUAUGAUGGAUGAAGCGCGCAAUUCAAUAAUUACCGAAACACCAACACGUAUUUAUUAUUUACCAGGAUAUCUGCAAAUCAGUAUUAUUUUUCUUCUCUUCUGUCUUUCUGCUCUAUUUUCAGGCCUAAAUUUAGGCCUCAUGGCUUUAUCCCCUCAGGAACUGGUACUUAUACAAAAAUGUGGCUCAAAAACAGAACGAAAAUAUGCAGAAACCAUUUUACCUGUACGAAAGUCAGGUAAUUAUUUAUUAUGCACAAUACUAAUCAUGAAUGUGGUCGUAAAUGCAGCAAUUUCAAUAUUAUUCGAAGAUAUGACUAGUGGAAUGGUGGCAUUUAUUAUAUCAUCUGUAGGAAUAGUUGUCAUAGGUGAAAUCAUACCACAGAGUAUUUGCGUUAAGAAAGGAUUAGCAGUCGGUGCGUAUACAAUUUGGUUGACUCGAACAUUUAUGAUACUUACAUUUCCUUUAUCCUAUCCAAUUAGCAAAAUUCUGGAUGUUUUUCUAGGAGAAGACACACCAGUAUAUGACCGCUGCAACCUUUAUUCCAAGUUAAGAUUGAUAAAUUUGAUGAAAAUGACAACAUGCGAAGAAAAUCAAGAAUUAGCAGCUGAAUUGAAAAUCGUUGUUGGUGCUAUGGAAAUAAGUGAAAAAACUGUAGGAGACGUGCUUACUAAAAUUGAGAAUGUAUUUAUGUUACCUGAAAGUAUGGUUCUGGAUGCUGCCACAAUUGCUGAAAUUAUACGACGAGGUUACUCCAGGAUUCCUGUUUAUGCGGAUGAUGACCCAAACAACAUUAAAGCUCUUUUAAUGGUCAAGGAUUUGGCUUUAAUUGAUCCACAUGACAACUUCACCGUCAAAACAGUUUGUGAAUUUCACCAAUAUCCAUUGCGAUUUGUUGAUGCAAGCAAACCGUUGCAUUCAAUGCUUGAUGAAUUUAAAUCGGGUGAUUAUCACCUGGCUGUUGUUGAAAGAGUUCAUAAUGUGUUCGACCGAAAAAUUAGUCGGCAGACCAAGUCUUUACUUGGCAUUGUGACAUUGGAAGACAUAGUAGAAGAAAUAUUGCAAUCUGAAAUCAUUGACGAAAGCGAUUCAGUGACGGAUAAUUUGUAUCGAUCAAAAAGAAAAUAUGGCAAGGAGCCAGGUUUCACAAAAAUUUUGGCAAGUGAAGAAUGCUGUAGAAAACUAUCAGUACAAAUGGAACAGAUGAUCGUACAUUUUUUGCAACAGCAUCAUGCAUUAUUCAGCUCUGAAUACAUUAAUAUGACAUAUUUGCCAAAGAUAGUUGGUUAUUCAACAAAACAGCGUGAAAAAUUGCCUAUUUAUUGCAUGAAUGAACCCGCUUUUCGUUUUAUUGUAAUUCUAGAAGGUCGUGCAGUUGUUAAUUUGCGAAAAAUGAAGUUUGAAGCAGGUCCGUGGACGUCAUUUGGAAACGAAAUUUUAGAUCAGCUAGAUGAAUUGGUUACCGGUGACUUAGCAAACGAGGAUAGUAAUGGUGAAUUUUUAGGAUCAAAAUCACAGCUCAUCAAAUCCAUUCAGUUCAACCCUGAUUAUGACCUGGUUGUUACGGAUUACUGCCAAUUUUUACAGCUUACUGUUCCUGCUUACUUAAAUGCUUAUAAAGUUACAAGAAUUGCUCGCGCUGCUUGCAACAAGCAAGGUUCUGUUGGAUCACUUCUGAAGAGUUCCAUCCGAUCAGGAAGUCCCCCACAAUCCCGUCGAGUUUCUGAAACACUAAUAAAACGUGCGGUACGACUUAAUUUUCUGUCUUAA